UCAUUUUCAGAGGGAAUUUAGAAUAACGAUACUCCACACAUACAGUUGCAAGUUGCAACGUUCACCCAAUUCGAAUUUCAAACCCUUCUUCAACGGUCAAAAGUACCACCAAUUUCAUUUGCUUCAGUAACUUUAGCGAACGAUCGAUCCAUUUCUCCCCAAUUGCUCAAAUUCUGCAACAAUUAACCACUCUCGAUCCAUUCGCUGCAAUUUUUUCCCCAAAUCUCAACAUUUUCCAUCUCUGUGUUUGCUAAUUUUCAAAUGUCAACCCCUCAACUAAAUUCUUCCAGUGCAACAUCGCAUAUAGAGCGCACUCCAAACAAGCAUUUACCUCUUGAUUCGACCUCAAUGGUGCGAGUAAUCGCAAGGAUUCGUCCAUUCUUGCCUCACGAGAUUUCUAGGUCAAAUGAUGCUGAUAUCGAUAAAUCAAUACCAUGUGUCUCCGUUCUUGAUUCACCACUACAAUCUGCCUCAGAAGUUACUGUGAGACUCAAAGAUCCACACUCUUGUCGGAAUGAAAAUUACAAGCUAGAUUCCUUUUAUGGUCAAGAAGAUAACAAUCUGAUACGGAUCUUUGAAAGAGAAGUGAUGCCUCUGAUUCCUGCUGUACUAAACGGCUUCAAUGCCACUGUUUUCGCUUAUGGAGCUACCGGUAGUGGAAAAACUUUUACAAUGCAGGGAAGUGAUGAGUUGCCAGGUUUGAUGCGAAUGGCUACAUCAAGCAUCCUCUCGAUGUGUGAAAAGAUUGGGAAUACUGUACAAGUUUCAUACUACGAGAUCUACAUGGAUCGAUGUUAUGAUCUUUUAGAAGACACACCAAAACCAAAAGAAAUUACCAUUUUAGACGAUAAACAAGGGAAUCCUCAUCUCAGAAAUCUAUCCAAAAUCCCAAUAUAUUCAAUGUCUGAUUUUCAUGACGUUUUCCUUCGUGGAAUACAGAGGCGAAAAGUUGCACACACAGGUCUUAAUGAUGUCUCAAGUAGAAGCCAUGGGGUACUCGUCAUUUCUGUUUCAAGAUCUUGUGAAAAUGGUGCUUUGAUUGGGAAACUAAAUCUCAUUGAUUUAGCAGGCAAUGAAGAUAACAGGAGAAGUGGCAAUGAAGGUGUUCGACUUAUUGAGAGUCAAAAAAUUAAUCAGUCUCUAUUUGCAUUAUCAAACGUCAUUUAUGCGCUCAAUAACAAGAAUACUCGGAUUCCGUAUAGAGAAUCCAAACUCACACGGAUUUUGCAAGAUUCCUUAGGGGGAACAAAUCAUGCUUUAAUGGUCGCUUGCCUCAAUCCAGGGGAGUAUGAACAAUCUGUCCAUACAGUUAGUUUGGCAGCAAGGUCCCGACGUGUCUCUAACUUUCUACACUCUGCUCAGAAGCAUAAUAAUAAUAAUAAUAAUAAUACCCGAGGGACUGAAGUUGACAUGGAGGAAAAGCUUAGGGUAUGGCUCGAAUCUAAAGGAAAGACAAAAAAUGAUAUUCCAUUCACUACAACUCCCCGUUCUAUAAGCUCUACGAAGAAGCACAUUACAUUCCAGAGCUCUGGAAAACCAAAGCCAAUUGCCACAUUAGAGGAACAAGUUGAAAAAGGGUUGAAAAUGACACCAACAAGGAAAGUGCUAUUUCCCAUCAACUCCAACAUUAUUGAUCCAAUCACUCCUAAACACGACUCAGUUGCGGAUGAAACAGACACUCCACUUAAUAAAUUCAAAGCAAUGAGUUGUAAUUUGAAGAGCACUCUCGCCCAAGAAUACGUCAACUUCCUAAACACAGCGAACAAGGGAGAGCUUCUACAGUUGAAGGGAAUUGGAGAAAAGAUGGCUGAAUACAUACUUGAGCUUAGAGAUAUGACCCCACUCAAAUCCCUAAAUGAUUUGGAGAAAAUUGGAAUUUCAUCCAAACAGGUUGGAAACAUGUUUGGAAGAACAGCGAAAGGGUUGUUUGAUUGAUUUCAAGUUUUCACUAGGUUGUUGAGAGGAUAGAGAAAGAAAUAUGUUAGUUGUUUGAUGAUAAGGUAGCAAAAUAAUGGAUGGUGGUAAUAUUGUAUUACCACAUCUAAGUCAAUCAUGUUGCAAUUAUUUGGAUUGCGUGUAUGGUUUGUAGAAUGUAACUCAUAUUACCAGAAAUUGACGUCGACAAAAUGGAAUUUAAUUUUGUGCUCA